AUGUUAUCUCGCAUCCUCCUCGCCGCAAUAACCCUACCCACUCUCCUACUUUCCCAUUCCUCUCUAGCCACCAGCAUCUCCCCCAUCCAAGAAAAAACAUGCAUCGUAGAACCCUGCGCCCUCAACGGCGACGACGCCCCAGCCAUCCUCCAAGCAUUCUCGGAAUGCGGCCACAACGACGGCAUUGACACGCACGGAACCGUGAUAUUCCUCAACACCACCUACAACAUCCGCAGCGUAAUGAACACGACCGGACUAUCACACGUCAAAGUUGAUCUACUGGGUACCCUCUUAUGGGAUCAAAACAUUCCCUAUUGGCUUGCGAACUCGCUAGCCGUGGGGUAUCAGAACCAGAGUAGCGCUUGGUUAUUUGGAGGCGAUAACAUUCAUUGGGAUGGACAUGGAUAUGGGACGUUGGAUGGAAAUGGAGAGGUGUGGUAUGAGUAUAUCAAUGGGACGAAUAAUUAUCCGGGACGGCCGCAUCAGAUUACGUAUACGGGGGUGACCGAUUGUGUGUUUGAGAAUAUUCGGUUUGUGCAGAGUCAGAUGUGGACGAUGACGAUUAUCCAUGCCAAGAAUAUUUUGUUGGAGAAUAUCUAUGUUAAUAGUACUGAUGUGCGGCCAGUCGGCUUUGAAUUUAGCAGUCUUAACACUGAUGGCGCCGAUACCAUUUAUGCGGAUAAUAUUACGUUCCGUGGCUGGACAGUAGAUAAUGGCGAUGAUUCCAUCUCUAUGAAAGCAAAUUCUACCAACAUUCUAAUCGAAGAUUGUGACUUCCACACCGGGCUCGGCGUAGCCAUCGGUAGUAUCGGUCAAUAUGACAACAGAUACGAAAUAAUCGAAAAUGUGACCGCCCGCAACAUCCGUUCCUACAACAUGCGAUACGGCGUCUACAUGAAAACCUGGACUGGAGUCUCCACCGGCUACCCCCCCAACGGCGGCGGCGCCGGCCUCGGCCACGCCAGCAACCUGACCUUCUCCAACUUCACCCUAUACAACAACACGGGAAUCUUCGCCAUCACCCAAUGCACAUCAUACAACAGUGCCAGUGGCGGCUGCGACACUUCACUAUUCAACAUCCGGAAUUUCACCCUCUCGAAUUGGUCUGGAACAGCCAUUAGCGACGUGGUGGCCGAGAUGCAAUGUAGUGGGGCAGCGCCCUGUACUGGGGCUGUCAUUGAAGGGAUGGGGGGUUUGUUGGAUACGGCGAAUCAGACGAGGCCGGCGCAGUAUCUUUGUGAUAGUGUGAUAGGGAGUGGGGAGACGGAGGAUGAUGAGAUGGAUGGAUGA